AUGGCAGACACUCUGGCUGUCGCGCAGCCUGGGAGAUCAAGAUGGGAGUAUCUCGACAGGAUCCGGACCACCGCGGGUCCCUUCACCGACGCCGAGAGCCAUGACCCGGAAGAGGUCGUCUCAGUCGUGGAUCGCAUGUGCGUGCUGGUCAUUGGGGCGGGCGGGCUCGGCUGCGAAAUCCUCAAGAACUUGGCCCUCUCGGGGUUCAAGAACAUACACGUUAUCGAUAUGGACACGAUAGACAUAUCCAACCUGAACCGCCAGUUCCUCUUCCGCAAGGCAGACGUGGGCAAGUCCAAGGCCGAGGUGGCCGCCCGGUUCGUCGAGCAGCGGGUCAAGGGCGUCAAGAUCACGCCGCACAACUGCAGGAUUCAGGACUUCGAUGAGGACUUCUACAUGCAGUUCCAGUCCAUCAUCUGCGGGCUCGACAGCAUAGAGGCACGGAGGUGGAUCAACGCCACGCUGGUCGAAAUGGUCGACAUGGCGAACCCGGAGUCGCUCAAGCCUCUGAUCGACGGCGGCACUGAGGGCUUCAAGGGCCAGUCCAGGGUCAUAUUUCCCACCGUGACGUCGUGCAUCGAGUGCCAGCUCGACAUGCACGCGCCCCGUGCCGCCGUACCCCUCUGCACCAUCGCCAGCAUCCCCCGGCAGCCCGAGCACUGCAUCGAGUGGGCCCACGUGAUCGCUUGGGACCAGGAGAAGCCCUUCCCCAAGCUCGACAAGGACGACCCGGAGCACAUCCAGUGGCUCUAUCAAAAGGCCCUCCUGCGGGCGCUCGAGUUCAAGAUCACGGGCGUCACGUACUCCCUCACCCAGGGCGUCAUCAAGAACAUCAUCCCGGCCAUCGCCUCUACCAAUGCCAUCAUCGCCGCGAGCUGCUGCAACGAGGCCAUGAAGAUUGCGACGAGCGCCGCGAGCUUUCUGGGCCUCGAGGACAACUACAUGAUGUAUUCGGGCAACGACAGCAUCUACACCUACACCUUUAAGCACGAGAAGAAGCCGGACUGCCCUGUCUGCUCGGAUGAGAAGCAGGCCAGGCCCCUCGACGUCGACCCAAAUGUGACGCUACAAGAGUUCCUCGACUCGAUAGCUGCACGGCCCGAAGCUCAGCUCAAGAACCCGUCCAUCCGGGCAGACAACAAGACUUUGUAUAUGCGAUCACCUCCUAGCCUUGAGGAACAGACUCGGCCGAACCUCGAAAAGACUUUGAAGGAUCUCGGCCUACAGGACGGCUACGAAGUGUUAAUCACGGACCCGGCAUUCCCGACCCUGACCUUCAACUUCAUCUUGCGUUUCAAGUGA